AUGUGCAUGUGUAGCAGUAACUGGCUGAUUUACAGCUUCCAGCCGGCGAGACUAGGCAAGAAGGACCUGAACGGGAACUUCUGCCGUAACCCCAAGAACGAGAGCAGUGGGCCCUGGUGUUUCACUACAGACCCAGAGGUCAGGCACCAAGAGUGUGGCCUUCCUCAGUGCUCCCAAGUGGAGUGUAUGAGGUGUAACGGAGAAGACUACAAAGGGCCGAUGGAUCACACAGAGAGUGGGAAGGAGUGUCAGAGAUGGGAUUCAUCCAAGCCCCACAGACACCCCUACCAACCUAAAAAGUACCCUGAUAAAGGGCUGAAUGACAACUACUGUCGGAAUCCGGACAACCGUUUGCGUCCGUGGUGUUACACCAUGGACCCACAAACACCCUGGGAGUACUGCAACAUCAGUGUGUGUGACCCAGCUAAUGACUCUGAUGUGGAUGCUACAUCGUCGUGUUUCAGGGAGCAGGGACAGAGUUACCACGGUACUGUGAGCGUCACCCCAUCGGGCGUCACAUGUCAACGCUGGGACUCCCAGUUCCCCCAUAACCACACCUACAGCCCGCAGAACUACAAGUGCAAAGACCUGAGAGAGAACUACUGUCGGAACCCAGAUGGUGCAGAGAUCCCAUGGUGCUUCACUACAGAUCCUAACCAGAGACGAGCCUUCUGCACCCAUAUACCCCGGUGUGAGACAGAGAACAUCGACACAGAAGAUUGUUAUGAGGACAAUGGAGGGAAUUACACAGGCAAUUUAUCCAAGACCAGAUCAGGAAUUCCCUGCGGACUCUGGGCAAAUCAUAGCAACAGUGGAGAACCCAGUGUGGGUCUGGAGAGGAACCUGUGCAGGAAUCCAGACCAGGAUAAGCACGGUCCCUGGUGUCACACUACAGACCCCUCUAUCCCAUGGGACUACUGCAAGCUCAAACGCUGUGAUAAGUCUCCGAACAUCUCUGCCCACCCAAGAAGCAUCUCUCUCGUGUCUAAGACAUCCUGCUUCAUCCACAAGACCACCCGGAUUGUUGGAGGGGCCCAGGUCCACAAGGCUAAGGAUGGUAGCUGGGUUGUCAGCAUCCAGAAAGGGAACACUCACUGGUGCGGGGGCUCGCUGAUCCGAGAGGAAUGGGUGCUGACGGAUCAACAGUGCUUCUCCUCCUGUGUUCCAGACCUGAGUGAGUACAGUGUACAGGUGGGCCUCCUUCACCUCAACUCGUCCCUCAACCACCCCCGGCUCCGCAUCGCACACGUGGUCUGUGGCCCGGAGGGAUCCAACCUGGCCCUGCUCAAACUGGCCAAGCCUGCCCCUCUCUCUGAGCAUGCCUUCACCAUCCAGCUCCCAGUAGCAGGCUGUGGGGUCACAGACGGAACCAACUGUCUCAUGUACGGCUGGGGAGAGACCAAAGGGACAGGAUAUGAGGGGGCACUGAAAGCUGUGAGUCUGCCCAUGGUCAGCAACGACUGGUGUUCUGAGCUCCACAACAAAACCCUGCCUGUCACCGAGAGCAAAGUGUGUGCCGGGGGCAGGAAAGACCAGGGAGUGUGUGAGAGAGACUACGGUGGCCCAUUGGUGUGUCAGGAGCGAGAGAGCAAAGUCAUCGUGGGCGUGAGCAUCCACGGCCGGGGCUGUGCCCUGGCCCGGCGGCCCGCCAUCUUCGUCAAUGUGGCCUACUACUCGGGGUGGAUCCACAAAGUCUUCAUACACUACUCCAGGUUGGAGGAAAAACUACUGGAAGAAGCACAGACCAAACCGCUCCAUUCAGGACUGUACCACUAGCCUGCAAGAGGAUGGGUGGAGCAUUCAGGACUGUACCACUAGCCUGCAAGAGGAGGGGUGGUCAUUCAGGGCUGUACCACUAGCCUGCAAGAGGAGGGGUGGAGCAUUCAGGACUGACCACAAGCCUGGAGGAUGGAGAAUGAUCUCUCCAACAGAGGAUGCCUAACUAACAAGACGGUUGGGAGAUGUAAGAAUGAGGAAACUGACUUUAUGGGAAGUAGCCAUGUUAGUGGUUCGUGGCUGGAUGUCGCCUCAGUUUUGGGAGGGGAAAAACACCAUGAAUGGAAGAGAUAUUUUGGGAUGUUCAGAGGCUGGGAAUACAUGUUCAGAGAGGCUGAAAAGGAUAUGAAGGAUUUUAUAAUAUGCACAUUGAUUAAUGCAGGACCAGGUUGUUAAGCUUUGAUCACACUGAUAGCGUCAAUACGCAAAGUAGUACCUAGCAUCAUUUGGAUUGUGUGCAAGAAAAGUUCAACAUUCCCCUUCUGCUACCAUUUCUGUCAAGCUGUCUAUGCGUACGAUGUGAUGCAUACCUUGAUAAAUCCAAGGUAUGCACCACACAGAACACACUGCAACUGCCUCUGCAACGCAAUGCUGCAAGGCAAACGCAGCGUUCCAUUGGAAAUGAAUGUAUUUCUGGUGUACCAAAAUGUAUUGACGCUGUCUUUGUGAUUGAGGCAUUAGCUUUAAUAACAUUUCUAAACAAUAGUUUCUAGGACAUGGAAAGAUUAUUUUUUUGGGGUGAAAUAUAUGAAUACUCUUAAGCCAUAAAGAGGGGUGACUUGAUUCGUUCUCUCACUCCGCCCACAAGACAAUAGGAAUGGUGUGGAUGACUCAGUAUUGUCUCCUGGAAAAUACUUGAAUUUGAUCAGAACCAAAACCAGAGCCAUGCGAGGAGAGAUCCAGACAGGACAUGGUACGGUCCGUGGCUACUGGGUCACGUUGAGGGCGCAUGAUGUAAUGGCUAGAAGUUCAGUCAUUCAGAAGUUACCACUUGGUGAAUGGUGAGAGUUAAAACCUGUCUAGAAACGACCUCUAGCUCAUAACCGUAAGCUCAUAGCCCUACUCCCUAGGUGCUGGUGUAGAGCAGUGUAUACCAACUCCAGUCCUCCAGUACCCCCAACACCUCAACUCCAGUCCUCCAGUGCCCCCAACACCCCAACUCCAGUCCUCCAGUGCCCCC